AUAUAAGUACUAGUGUAAAAAAAAACUGUCACUGAAUUUUGUGAAGGUCAGCGGGACAAGGAGUUUAGUAAUCACUGCCGUGUUAGCUGAAAUUAAAGGGUUUUCUUUGCUUCCAAACCAGUCGCCAAUUACUCGAAAACAAACAUGGCGGAAAGCUCCUCGGCUCCACCCAAGCCUGUCGUGGUUAGGGUCAAACGAAAACCCUUCCAUUCUCCACUCGACGCUUUCUGGUUGGAAAUCAACGACAGGCCAUUGAAGCGCCCUCUCUUGGAUUUUGAAAACCUAUCAAUCUCCAAUUCUUCUCAAUACCGGGAAAUUCAUAACAAGAAGGUUUUGGUGCAACAUGUGGAGACAAUAAGCAGCUCUGAGGUCACUUUAGAUAUUGUUCAGUCAUUUGUGGAACCUGGUUCCAAAAGUGCUUCUGAAUCUAACUCAAAAGUUGUGGAAAGGAAGAACUUCUUCAGAAAAGUCAAUAGGCCAGAUCAGCUCUUGCUUAAAGCUAAACAAGAAAAAGAGUCUUCAGCUAAAGAGGCCCGUUUUGAGCAAAUAUGGAAGAGCAGGAAAGUAAACAAGGGGACAUCUGUUGAAAAUGCAUUACAAGAAAUAUGCCAGUUCUAUGACAUUGUUCGUGUUGACUCUCAAGAACAAAUUAAGGAGGUGCAACACGAAGAUAUCUCCUUGGAGGAUCAAAAACUUUUGUCUAGUUUCCUCCCUUUACUAAGAGAGGUUAUUCCUAAUGCUGCUGCAGAGAUUGAAGUUGAUAUAAGUGCUGAUUCCCGACAAGAGGACUAUGUUUAUGACCUCUACACUGUAACGGAUGAAACGAUCAAUGAAGAAAAUCCUUCACAUUCUUAUCCACUUGUUCAAGUUGAUGAUGAAGAUUAUUGUGACGGGCCUGACGAUUUGGAUUAUGAAACGGAUGACUCAAAUGCUGAAGACCAUCCAAUGAAUGACUAUCCAGAGGAGAUUUCGGAAGACGAAGAAGGUUCUGAUUGUGAAUCAGAAGAAAGCGAGCAUAGCAAAUCUAGUAGUGAAUUGUCAGAUGAUGACGAGGAUGCGGAUGAUGGACACCAUGGUUUUGCUAAAGGUGGAAUUUCUGAUCCAUUGUAUGAUGAGGAUUUUGAUGAUUAUGACGGUCAAGGUGUAGACAAUGACGACGACGAUCCGGAUAAUGAGCACUUGAAGUGGUCUUACAGAUGAAGCUAUCAGAUUAUUCCUAACAUCUUGCAAAAAAAAAUCUUUGCUUCUAAAUUGUUUAUUCUUCAUGUAUUUAAUUGAUGAAGUUUCGAAUUUCUUAGUUUGUUGACUUGACUAUGUAUUACAUUUGAGGCAAUUGGGCUCAAUUGUAAUGGGAGUUCACAAAAAUCUCAACGAGGGUUGGUUAUUUUGUCUAA